AUGGAUAUGGAGGACACACGAGAUGAAUCAAGGCCUUCUACUUCUACAUGGCAGACUUCAGAUUUUGUUGAAAAAAUUGGAUCUGCUUCCUUGGAUUCUAAAGGAGUUCUGAGGAAUAGAGAAACUACUGAUGACAAUGAAUACAGUACAUGGUCAUAUCAAGCAGCAUCUAGGAUCCUCUGGACGACCGGAAUGCUUUCUGAACCAAUCCCAAAUGGUUUCUACUCUAUUGUUCCUGAUAAAAAGCUCAAGGAACUUUUUGAAGAUAUACCCACUCUGGAGGAGCUUCAUGCUUUGGAGUUUAAUGGUUUGACAGCUGAUGUAAUUCUUGUAGAUGCAGAGAAAGAUAAGAAGCUGUCUAUGUUAAAGCAGCUAAUUGUAACUCUGGUGAAGGGUUUGAAUUCAAAUCCUGCAGCAGUGAUAAAGAAGAUCGCUGGAUUGGUGUCAGAAUUUUACAGAAGACCCAAUUUGGAACUUAGUCCAAAGAAAGCUGCACUCAAUGAUCACGUAUCUGGAAAUCAAGGUAUGCAGAUGCUGGGGCAAAUAAAGCACGGUUCUUGCAGACCUCGAGCAAUAUUAUUUAAAGUCCUUGCAGACACUGUAGGUCUUGAAUGUAGGCUGAUGGUGGGUUUGCCUACUGAAGGAGCUUCUGAAUGUGAUGACUCAUAUAAGCAUAUGUCAGUUUUGGUCGUGUUGAAUUCUCUGGAACUUCUGGUCGAUCUUAUGCGGUUUCCUGGCCAGCUGAUACCCCGAUCAACCAAGGCUAUCUUUAUGACUCACAUAUCUGCUGCUGGGGAGAGUGAUUCUGCAGAAAAUGAUUCUUGUGAUUCCCCAAUGGAGCCAAAUAGUCCCCUUUAUGGUGUUUCCGAGGGAGUUGAUCCUGAGAGUGCUGAGAAAGAAGAUGGCCUUCAGUAUCAUCAUAGACUAGAAGCAUCUUCAAAUGCAGCAGGGCCUUCUUUAAGGAAUAUGAUGUUGUCAAAUUCCGUUGACAGGAAAUUGAGCUUGUCACACAGUGAACCUAAUAUUGCGGCUGCAUUUUGGCAAAGGAGCCAAAGAAAGGUUAUUGCUGAACAAAGGACUUCAAGUUCGAGUCCUGAGCAUUUGUCCUUUCGAGCACGUGGUCGAUCUAUGCUUAGUGGGGACAAUAAAUCUUUUAGAGAUUAUUCUGAUGACAUUGCUACUUCAAGGUCAGAAGGUGCAUCAACUUCUGAAACUCCUAGAAUAAGAAGAAGGAGCAUAAGCAUAACUCCAGAGAUUAGUGAUGACAUCGUAAGGGCUGUUCGGGCAAUGAAUGAAACAUUGAAGCAAAAUCGCCUUGUAAGAGAACAAGGGGACACUAGUUUGUAUUGCUUUGGUUCAAAUGACCAACAAAGUGCAGAUCCUCAUGAAUUUAGGAGUCAGGUUCCAGAAAGAAGUAGGACGCACAAGGUAAAUGAAGAAGUGGUCUCAACAUGGAACAGAAUUCUGGAACUACCUAUGUUCCAGAACAGGCCUCUGCUACCUUUUGAGGAAUGGAAUAUUACUUUCUCGGAAUUGACGGUGGGCACUCGUGUUGGGAUUGGGUUCUUCGGUGAAGUUUUUCGUGGAGUCUGGAACGGAACAGAAGUUGCUAUUAAAGUUUUCUUGGAGCAAGAUCUCACUGCUGAAAACAUGGAGGAUUUUUGCAAUGAAAUAUCCAUCCUCAGUCGCCUUCGGCACCCAAAUGUUAUAUUGUUUCUCGGUGCAUGCAUGAAGCCUCCACGAUUGUCAAUGGUCACUGAAUACAUGGAAAUGGGAUCAUUAUAUAAUUUGAUCCACUUAAGAGGUCAGAAGAAGAAACUCAGCUGGCAGAGGAGACUUAAAAUUCUGCGUGACAUUUGUAGGGGGCUUAUGUGCAUACAUCGCAUGAAGGUAGUCCACCGUGAUCUUAAAAGUGCAAAUUGCCUCGUCAACAAGCACUGGACAGUUAAGAUAUGCGACUUUGGGCUUUCAAGAACCAUGACAGAUGCACCCAUAAGGGGCACCUCAUCAGCGGGGACUCCAGAAUGGAUGGCUCCAGAGCUUAUUCGCAAUGAACCAUUUACUGAGAAAUGUGACAUUUUCAGCCUUGGGGUUAUAAUGUGGGAGCUCUGCACUUUAAGCAAACCAUGGGAUGGCAUGCCACUUGAGCAGGUAGUUUAUACUGUUGCUAAUGAAGGGUCACGGUUGGAGAUACCUGAAUGGCCCCUGGGCAGGCUCAUUGCAGAUUGUUGGGCAGAGCCACAAAAACGACCAAGUUGUGAGGACAUUCUCGCCCGCUUGCUAGACUGUGAAUACUCGCUUUGA